AUGAUCAACGAAUCGAACAACGCCUCAACACAGCAGACCCAAACUCAAGUAGCUCCCACUCUGGAACUUCCUAAACCACUUCCGACAUUAUCAAUGCCAUUUCCAAUGGUAGAUUAUCACACAAGUCGAGAUGUUAUGAUUCCUUUUAACCUUAAAGACUCAAAUGAAGGAAAAUUCCACACCCCAGAAGAUGCCAUGUUUUAUAUUUGUGACCACCUCCUCCGUAACGGCAUUACAUUCAAGAGAUCGACAGCUUUAAGAUAUUGCCAAUUAUGUCAAGUUUAUGAACAAGCCGAUGGUGGAUACUUCUGCAUGACAGCACUUGGACAAUCUAAACUAAAUCGUGUUUUCACAAAGAUUUCACGACUCGCAUCAACAAGAAUUGCAAAACAAAUCGCAAAGUGCAAGUAA